CCCCCAAGAGAGAGACUGGAUCUGCAAUUGGAACAUCUUGGAGAUCGUGACUCCAUCCCAACAAUGGCCGACCUUCGCAUCCUCCUCAUCGGCAACGGUGGCCGCGAGCAUGCUCUGGCCUGGAAGCUGAGCCAGUCGCCUCGCGUCGAGGCCAUCUUCGCGGUCCCUGGAAACGGCGGCACUGCGACAUGCCCCAAGACCACCAACGUCUCCUCCGUCUCGGCCGACGACUUCCCUGCCCUCGUCCACUUUGCGCAGUCCAACGGCGUCAACCUGGCCGUGCCCGGGCCCGAGGCGCCUCUCGUUGACGGCGUCGAGGGCUUCUUCCGAAAGGCCGGCAUCCCCUGCUUCGGGCCCUCCAAGGAGGCUGCCCGUCUGGAGGGCAGCAAGACAUACUCCAAGGACUUCAUGAAGAAGUACAACAUCCCCACGGCCGCCUACGAGAACUUUUCCGACUUCAACAAGGCGGUGGCGUACGUCGACAGCGUCAACCACGAUGUCGUCAUCAAGGCUACCGGCCUGGCUGCUGGCAAGGGCGUCAUCAUCCCGCAGACCAAGCAGGAGGCCAAGGACGCGCUCAAGGAGAUCAUGGUGGACAAGGCCUUUGGCGACGCCGGAGACGAGGUCGUCAUUGAAGAGUUCCUCCAGGGCGACGAGCUCAGCGUCCUCACCUUCUGCGACGGCUACUCCAUCCGAUCCCUUCCCCUGGCCCAGGACCACAAGCGGAUAUUCGACGGCGAUCAGGGCCCCAACACGGGCGGCAUGGGCUGCUACGCCCCGACGAACAUUGCGACGCCCGAGCUCGUUCAGCAGAUUGACAGAGACAUCCUGGAGCCAACCAUCUCUGGCAUGCGAAAGGAGAAGCAGCCCUUCCGCGGUGUCCUGUUCACCGGUCUCAUGAUCACCCCCAACGGCCCCAAGGUCCUCGAGUACAACGUGCGAUUCGGCGAUCCCGAGACCCAGACGGUCCUCCCCCUGCUCUCCGCCGACACCGAUUUGGCCGAGAUCAUGCUGGCCUGCACGGGCGGCUAUCUGGACAACUGCCAUCUGUCCGUUGAGAAGAAGUUUAGUGCCACAGUCGUCCUCGCUGCGGGCGGCUACCCUGGCUCUUAUGCCAAGGGCACUCCCAUGACCAUUCAGACGCCUCCUGCGGGAAGCACCAUAUUCCACGCCGGCACAAAGCUGGAAGGUGAUCAGCUCAAGACGUCUGGCGGCCGCGUUAUCGCCAUCAACUCUGUCGGCGAGUCGCUGAGAGCUGCCGUGGAUGCCUCCUAUGCCGCUCUGGCUGCCAACGUCAUUGACUUCGAGGGCAAGUUCUACCGCAAGGACAUUGCCCACCGCGCGUUCAGAGACGCCGGCAAGGUUUCCAUGACCUAUGCCCAGGCCGGUGUCGACAUCCAGGCCGGCAACGACUUUGUCGAGAAGAUCAAGAAGGCCGUUGCCAGCACCAAGAGAGCCGGCGCCAGUGCCGAGAUUGGCGGCUUCGGCGGCGAGGUCGACCUCUCCCAGUGCGGAUAUCCGAACGCGCCCAUCCUCGUCGGCGCCAUUGACGGCGUCGGCACCAAGCUCAUGAUUGCGCAGGCGAUGAAGAAGCACGACACCGUGGGCAUCGACCUCGUGGCCAUGAACGUCAACGACCUGGUUGUCCAGGGCGCCACUCCCCUCAUGUUCCUCGACUACUACGGCUGCAGCAAGCUGGACCUCGCUGCCGCCGCAGACUUUGUCGAGGGCGUUGCUGCCGGCUGUAUCCAGGCCGGCUGCGCCCUUGUCGGUGGCGAGACGGCCGAGAUGCCCGGCAUGUACAAGGACGAGGACUACGACGCUGCCGGCUGUGCCGUCGGCGCCGUCAUCAGCGACGGUAUGCUCCCCCGGAAGGAUGCCAUGGCCGAGGGCGAUGUUCUCCUGGGUCUCGGAUCCAACGGCGUCCACUCCAACGGUUUCUCUCUCGUCCGCAGGAUUGUGCAGGCUGCCGGCCUGGACUACUCAUCCCCUGCGCCCUGGGAUGCCUCCAAGACCGUGGGAGAGUCCCUCCUGACGCCCACCAAGAUCUACGUCAAGAGCCUGCUGCCGGUCCUCGGCAACAUCAAGGGCCUCGCCCACAUCACCGGAGGCGGGCUGCUCGAAAACGUGCCCCGCAUGCUCCCCGACUCGCUGGCGGCGGAGAUUACGUUUGGCACUUGGGAGAUGCCUCCUGUUUUCCAGUGGCUUAAGGCGGCGGGCAACGUGGCUCCCGCGGAGAUGUGCCGGACCUUUAAUGCUGGUAUUGGCAUGGUGGUGGCCGUGGAGGCCAGCCAGGUGGAGGCUGUCGUUUCGGCCCUGCGUAGUGGUGAUGAGCGUGUCUACACUAUUGGUAAGCUGGUUCGGAGACAAGCUGGCCAGCCUGGCUGCGUUGUCGAGAACUUGGAGUCAUGGGCAUGA